AUGGAAAGUUCGAAUAACUAUAAUAUAAAUAUACUCGAUUUAUCUGAUGAAAUGUUACUUGCCAUUUUAAAUAAAUUGAAUAUGGUCGAUGUACUCUAUUCAUUAGUAUAUGUUAAUAAACGAUUUAAUCGACUAAUACUUGAUCCUUUUUAUAUUCAUAAUCUUGAUUUGACUGUUAAACACUCAUUACUUCAACGAGUUUCUCCAUUAGAUAUCGAAAAGAUUGAUACAAUUUGUAAAAGAAUCUUAGCAAGAAUUCAUCAUCAUAUAUACAAACUUACUGUUCCAUUAUAUUUAAUAGAAUCUAUUGUUAAUAUUGAUUAUCCUCAACUUCAAUCUUUAUCACUUGUCAAUUUUGAAGAAGAAAAAUUCUUAGAAUAUUUAACAGAAGAAACAUUUAUUUAUCGUUUAUUAACUAAUCAAAUUACACAUCUUAAUGUCGAUAUUUUUUUUGAUAAAAAAGAGUCAAAUAUAUUUUUAUUAAUAUUAUGUUUGGGCAAACAUUUAACUGAUCUAACAUAUUAUCAUCACUUCUCAUCUGAACAUCUAGGACAUCCAACUUUUGAUCUACCAUUAACUCAUAUAUGUUCAACUUUAACUAAACUAACCAUUAAUGUAACUACAUUUGAUGAUUGUCUUUAUCUUCUCGAUGGAAAUCUUCAAUCUUUAACUGCAUUGAUUAUUGAUAUAAAUAAAAUCUCCGAUUCAUUAUCAAUCUUAGAUAACACGAGAAAACUUCCCCAACUGAAACAAUUUUCAUUAACUUCGUAUCAUUUGACAUAUGUUUAUGAUGAGAAAGUUAUUCUAUUACUUCAUCGAAUGAUAAAUAUCGAAGAUUUAACAUUAUUUCUCAAUGUAGUAAGAUUCAAUUCUACGUAUAUUGAUGGUACUCAUUUAUAUAACGAUAUUCUUGUUUUUAUGCCACAACUUCAAAAAUUUACCUUCAGUAUUAAUACUUCACUGAGUAACAGUCAGAUUGUGUUUCCAUCGAAUGAUGAUAUACAGUAUAGUUUCAUCGAAAAAGGAAAUCGACAUGUUGGUUCAUAUGUUCAGAAUAGAUUAUCUAUGCAGAUCGGUCAAUGUCAUGUUUAUUCGCUUCCAUAUCAAUUUGACAGUUAUCUCCUUCUGUGCAAUUCUUUUCAAGGUGGAAUAUUCGAUAAAGUUCGAUCAAUGAAAAUGAUUGAUACAUAUCCAUUUGAAUAUGAAUUAUUUGAAAAGAUCUCUCAACAUUUUCCUUUUCUCCAAAACUUAACUUUGGAUAAUUUCGAUGGACAAAAGGAUAAACAACAUUCAUCUACAUUUAUCACAUUUCCACAUCUUGAACAACUGGAUAUUACGUUUACGCAUGUUGAUUAUGCUGAACAAUUUCUCUUUGAAAAAAAUACUCGUUUAUCUCGUUUGCUGGAACUUCAUAUUGGUUAUGAUACAUUAGCAAUAGUCACAAAUAAUUUUACCAAUGAUUUAGCUCGUUUCAAUUGUUCUCAAAUAAAACGUCUUGUUACAAAAGAAUUAUAUGUUCCUCCUAAAGAUUUUCAUUUAUAUUUUCCUUUAUUGUAA